CGAACCUCGUCGUGACAACAACAAUGCCACACUACGAAUUCCUGUUAGCACUUUUCGUGACAAACUGCCUGUCUGUUGCAUUACCUGUUUCAGAAAUUCCGUCGUUCUUGAAGAUAUGUCAUCAAAAUGACCCAUUCUUGAACGACUGUUUAAUGGAAAGUGUCGUUUCGUUGAGACCGUAUUUAAAAAAUGGAAUACCUGGCCUUGGGAUUCCAGCGUGUGAACCAUUUCGCUUAGAGGAGAUUGAAAUUGAUCAAACUUCCGGUCCGAUUCAUAUUCACGCGAGGUAUAACAACGUGUCCAUAUAUGGUGGAACUAACUUCGUACCUAAAAGCAUCAGGUUCGACCUGGAGGAAAAUAUAAUACGCCUGAACCUCUACAUUCCGCGGCUGGAAAUGAUAGCGAAUUACAUCAUGGACGGCAGAAUCUUGAUGUUGCCGAUCACAGGAAACGGCGUUGCUCACGGAAACUUCACAGACAUCGACGUUAUCAUGGCUCUACAAUUGACGCGUUAUUGCGACGAGAGAACAGGAUUGAUUCAUCAAAGGGUGGAGGACAUUUACGUCGAGUUCGAUAUUGGGUACGCUACUGUGUAUCUGGAUAAUUUGUUCGACGGUGACGAGACACUCUCAGCGGCUAUGAAUCUCUUUCUCAACGACAACUGGAACAUGGUGAUAGAAGAGAUCAGGCCGAAAUUGGAGGAAACCAUCGCCACGUUGAUCAUUGAUUUCACGAACGUGAUUUUCUCGAUGUUCCCGGAGAACGUGCUACUACCAUCUUAAAGUAAAAUGUUUUAUACUAUAUUUUAUAUUAUAUUAUAAAUGUCGGUCUCGUGUAUUGAAUCAUUUUGUAAGUUUUCGUAGACUAGGCAACAAUGUAAAUACAUCUACAGAUUAUUGAAAAAUGAAGAGAAAAGAUCGAGAGAUAUUUUUGUUUAAGUAAUAGCCUUUUGACUGUGAUUCAGUCAUUGACUAUCGAAGAAGUUUAUAACUUGGAUUAUUACAAAUUACAUUAGUAACUUUGAGAAAUUUAUUCUUGCUGGAAAUAU